AUUGUCAUUGAAUGUCAUAGCCGUGAGUUUGCAUUACCGAGCAUUUUAGGAAUCUAAUUCUGAGACUUAUUCUUGUGUUUACUGAAUAUAAAUAAGUUUUGAAGUUUAAUCUGACUAAAUAACUUGUUUCAGUUCUCAAGCUCUAACAAUGUCGACAAACGGCGAUAUCAGUAGUCUUGAUGCCAGCGGCAAAAUUGUGAAGAUGGAAGUGGAUUACAGCACUACCUGUGAUGAGAAAAUUCCCAUGUUGAAGUCAUGGGCUGCAAAAGGCAAGGUUCAAGAAGCAAUAGACCAGCUGUUGGCAUUAGAGAAACAAACUAGAACCGGUGCUGACAUGGCUUCCACUGCAAGAAUCUUAGUAGCCAUUGUUCAAAUAUGUUUUGAAGCAAAGAAUUGGUCUGCACUCAAUGAUCAAAUUAUUCUUCUGUCUAAGAGAAGGUCACAACUUAAACAAGCUGUUGUGAAAAUGGUACAAGAAUGUUGCACUUAUGUCGACAAGACACCUGAUAAGGAAACAAAAGUUAAACUAAUUGAAACCUUAAGAUCCAUUACUGAAGGUAAAAUUUAUGUUGAAGUUGAAAGGGCCAGGCUUACGCACAUCUUAGCCAAAAUACGAGAAGAGGAAGGCAAUGCAACGGAAGCAGCUAAGAUCAUUCAAGAACUGCAGGUUGAGACCUAUGGGUCUAUGGACAAACGGGAAAAGGUUGAACUGAUUUUGGAACAAAUGAGACUGUGUUUGAACAUCAAGGAUUAUAUCCGCACACAAAUUAUCUCCAAGAAGAUUAACACUAAGUUCUUUGAAGAAGAAGAUACAGCGGAACUCAAAGAGAAAUUCUACCGGCUAAUGAUAGCUGUUGACCAACAUAACGGGCAGUAUCUAUCCGUGUGUCGUCACUUCCGCGCGCUCGGCCAGUCCGCUGGCGCCGACGCGUUGAUCGGCAGCGUCGUCUUCCUCACAUUGGCACCUUAUGACAACGAGCAGGCUGAUCUAACUCACAGAGUCAAUGAAGACAAAGAUCUCGAUAAACUGCCUGAAUAUAAACAACUGCUUGGCUUGUUCAUCAACCCAGAAAUCAUCAGAUGGAACACUUUGUGCUCGACAUACGAGAAGAUGCUCCGAGGUACGCCUUACUUCGAUUCCUCUGACGAAAAAGGACAGGAGCGCUGGAACGACCUGAAAAACAGAGUUGUCGAACAUAACAUUCGUAUAAUGUCGAUGUACUACACGCGUAUCACGCUGAAGCGCAUGAGCGAGCUGCUGGGCCUGAGCGAGACCGAGACGGAGGAGGCGCUCAGCCAGCUCGUGGUCAGCGGCGUCGUGCGCGCCAAGAUCGACCGCCCGGCGGGGGUCGUGCACUUCAGUUUGAACAUGGACGCAUCGGACCGUCUUAACGAAUGGUCAAACAAUCUAAACACGCUGAUGCAACUUGUGAACAAGACCACUCAUCUUAUCAACAAGGAGGAAUGUGUGCACAAGCAUCUACUCGCGACAACCGAAUAAAUAGUAUAGAACCUUCAUUUUAACCGUCAACGGAUACCUUAAGGCGUUCGUAUUAUGACGUUUUAAAAACCCAUAGAUUUCAUUUUGUCUCUGUCACUCUCAAGUGGCAUGACAAAGAUGGCAUUACAUAGUGACAUACAUUUUUCUUCUGUCAACGUAAGCGCCACCUCGACGCCGAUCACGGAAACUGCAAAGGCAUGGAGCUGUACACAUUCAAUUUGAUUCCUUAGUAUAAUGGUUAUUUAAAACGUCACAAUGCGGUCUCAACUCGCAUUAAAUAUUUCACUGUGUGAAAUUACUACCUACCUAUAUAUUUUCAUGUAGUAUCGUAUGUCUUUUGUUUUUGUAUACCUACAUUCGUUGACGGUCAUUUGUAACAAUAAAUCUUGAUGCUAAUUUAAUAUAA